CACUGCUGUGUGUUGUGGUUCAGAUUAUGGCAGGCAGCUGAGUUUUGAGACUUUCCCUUGAUAGGAGAAGUCAGGUGUGUGCCUUCCUCAGUCACUGUGUAUGCUAAAAUCAUAAGCUUGCCCUCAAACAUAAUUAUAUGCCUCUCCUUAUGUAACUAGCACUGGGCGAGGGUUGUUUUCCUUUGUAAUGCUGGGGAUGGCUGAGGGCCAGCUCCUGUCUGAUUUUUGGGGGGUGUGAGGGGAAUAAAAGCUGAUGGAUUUGUCAACAAUCCAGGAGCUUUAUGGAACAAGACAAAUUCAUCCGUCUCUGCUAAUCCUCCCCUGAUACAGAGGAUUUUCCUGCCAUUAAAUGAUAGCUUUUGAGAGCAGAGAAAAUGCCAGCCUUUCAGAGAUGCUGCAACAGAGCUAACCGCAAGCUUCAGAAGAAAAAGGGACAACACAGACAUCCCCCUGUCAGAUUUUGGAGGACCUGAGAUGCCACAAGCAACUAAUCAGGGUAAUGUUUGUCAUCAUUUUAAAUGUCCUUCUCUGCAUCCCCCCUGUUCACUGUGUGUGGGCCUGUGUCCGCUCCUGCCCCACCAGCUGUGUGUGCACUCAAGAGAGGAGUUGUGCCAUUCUUUGUGACCGUGCUGGUUUCACACAGAUCCCUAAAGAGUUUCCCUGUGAGGCCUACUCUAUUAACCUGGAUAAAAAUAGCAUCAAAUUCCUCGCUGAGAGGGCAUUUGGUACCCUCCCAUCCCUCAGAUCUCUCUCAUUAAGCCACAACAACAUAUCCUUCAUCACUCCUGGUGCUUUCAAAGGGCUAGCCAGCUUGACGGAACUAAAAAUGGCCCACAAUGAAUACAUUCAGUAUUUGCACACAAGGACUUUCAUUUCACUCAAGAGGCUCGUCAGACUGGACUUAGCGGACUGCAACCUUUUCAACAUCCCAGACAGGAUUUUUAUAGAGCUUCCAGCCCUUCAGGAACUCUUUUGCUUUCAGAACAACUUCAAAAGGAUUCCAGGAGCGAUACGAGGGAUGGAGAAUUUGACCCAUGUUUAUCUGGAGAAAAACAAGAUCGAAGCUGUGGCUUAUAAUUCUCUCUUGGGUCUGACCCAGCUGAAAUAUCUCAAUCUGCAAGAUAACAGAAUAAAUGUGAUUCAUGACAGAGCUUUUCAGUACUGUCAGAAAUUGGAGUAUCUUUAUUUAAAUGACAAUGUCCUCAGUGACCUCCCUGAUAAUUGUUUUGACGGCCUAAGACGUCUCAACAUGCUUAAUCUUGGCGGCAAUUUACUUCGAAAUGUCUCUAAUACAUGGUUCCAGGACCAGUUAGAGCUGGAAGUUUUGUAUUUGGACAGGAACAGGAUUAGCCACAUUGAGGAAGGGGCUUUUGAAAACCUCAUAAGCUUGGUGUCUUUGCACUUGAACAGUAACAACCUAACCACCUUGCCUUUCUCAGUCUUCCAACCUGUCUACUUCCUAGGAAGACUCUAUCUUUUCCGGAACCCCUGGGAAUGCGACUGCAGGAUUGAGUGGCUGAAGGAAUGGAUGGAGAACUACAGACUUGUUAGGGAUAUUCCUUGUGCCUCCCCAUCCUCUGUGGCCGGUCUUGACUUAACUGAUGUUUCUUUCGAGAGAACGCCUGAAGGUUUUUGUCUUGACCCAGAGGAGCUAAAUGCCACAACUUACAAUCCUUUCGCAACCGCAGAACCACAAUCUACCACAGAGAACAAGUUCAACAGCCUUAUCUCUAAAUUCCUGCUCCAGAAGGGCCUUUCGGAAGAAGUAGGAAACACCACAGAAGCUUUUGUCAACACAACCUUGUUAGAUGGAUUGACUAAUGAGGCAUCUUUAGGACUAGGGGAAUGCAAUAUCAGAUUCGUAUGUUAUCUAAAUCUUUGGAUAUUGUUUAGAACUACUAGAAGUUCUAUACCCUCUGUAUAGUGUUUUGUACAGGACAGAAUGUUAAGUACCACCUUCAGACAUAGAUCAGGUACAAAAGGUCUCUGUGGUUUAGUGCAUAUUUAGACCUAGUGAUCUACUUUGGACCCAUCUUUCAAAAUAGGUUUAGGUUCACAGAGGCAGAACUCAUUUAUAAAGCGCUUUAUAAUUUUAUAAUCUGUCACACUGAGUGAGUGUGAUUCCUGUCAUUAGUCUCCCAUAAGAGUGACUCUAAAGUUAAGCUGCAGUAAAAUUAAUCCAAAUUCACGCUGAAUUGAAAGAAGGUUGGCAGGAACAUGAUUGCUGUUCAUAUUUUAUAAUCAGACAUAGCUUAAUAAGGAAGACAGAAAACAAGAUGUAUGGUGAUAUGUACUGAAAAAAAUAGAUAAUAGACUUGCAGCUUUACUAAGGGAUUUGGCAAGACAUUCUGGUGGUUCUUACAUAUAGGAUGCUAUUAGUCAUGGAACAGAAAAAGGGUGAAUGGUGUU